GCUAACGGUUUCCGGUAGUGGAUUUUGGGAGGGGCGGGGGGGCAGGAGGUGGCCCCUGGGUGUCCCCUGACCCUUGGCCCCAAGCAGGUACGCCAAGAUGAUGGGCUGUGGGGACUCAGAGCUGAAGUCAGUGAGAGGGGGAGAGACUGUGGCGGCCCCGGGACCACCCCCAGCACCCCGCGCCCCAGAUCCCGGAGCUCCUGUGCCCGAGCCCGGUCUGGACUUAAGCCUGAGCCCGCAGCCCGAAAGCCCUGCGCGAUCGCGCUGCAGCCCGCCGGGGCGGAAGGGGCCGGCGGACCGGCGGGGCGGGGCUCGCAAAGGGCGCCAGGUACGCUUCCACCUGGCGCCGCCCUGCCCCGUCCCGUUGGAGCCGCCGCCGGCCGCCGCCGCACGGAGCGAGAAGCCCGCGGUGCAGGACCUGGGGGCGCCCGCGCAGCAGAGCAGCCUGGCGCUGAGCCUGGAGCUGCAAGCCGCGCGGGCCGCAGCCGGGGGCCAGUUCGAUGCCGCAAAGGCCGUGGAGGAACAGCUGAGAAAGUCAUUCCAGACCCGCUGUGGCCUGGAGGAGAGCGUGGCUGAGGGGUUGAACGUGCCGCGCUCUAAGCGUCUGUUUCGGGACCUGGUGAGCCUGCAAGUGCCGGAGGAACAGGUGCUGAACGCAGCGCUAAGGGAGAAAUUGGCGCUCCUGCCUCAGGCCCGAGCCCUGUCCCCAAAGGAGCCACCUGGGCCAGGGCCUGACAUGACCAUCCUGUGUGACCCAGAAACAUUAUUUUAUGAAUCUCCACACUUGACCCUGGAUGGUUUGCCCCCUCUCAGGCUUCAACUUCGGUCCCGCCCCUCAGAGGAUACCUUUGUUAUGCAUAGGACACUAAGGAGAUGGGAAGCUUAGAGACCUGGAUGCCCCCUGGAUUGCGAAUUUGUUUUCUAUGUUAAAGCUUUUUGAAUAAACGUGGUUUUCUAACAAAUGGAGCUCUUUUCGAGAGCCUUGAGCUGGGGGUGAAGCCUCAGGUUGGAAGAUGGCUGGAGAUGGGUGACAAGUGGAAAAACCCUGUGUGUGUCAGGGAUUAGCUACUCUGUCAUCUAUUUCUCCAAGGUCAUCACAGCUGGCAACUUUUGCUUUGGAUGAUCCUAUACUUGUUCUCUUGCACUACUUUUUACUGAUCACUUUAGUGAGUCUUACUCUCUAAGUUAAACUUCAGGAAUGCAUUGGCUCCUUACCAAGGUGGAGCAGCUGGCUAGCACCAGUUGUUGAAAAUAACUUUUACCUUUAAAAGGUCUCACGCAACUUGUUUACACCUGACUUGAGUGAUCAGUUGUUGAAUUUUCACAACUUCAGAAAUGGCAAGCAAGCUGACAGAGCUUUGUGUUAAUUAACCUGUUAGAAUGGUUCUGCAACAGGAAAAAAGGUGGGUAGGUGGGUGGGUGCUAGGUCUUAGAGCAGGUGAUCUGGUCCCCAAUACCAUUUUCUAGUUCUGUUUCAAUUAUACUGUUAACUCUUACAAAGUUAGCCUUUUGCCCAAAGUGCCCCCCCCCAAAAAAAAUUUUCCUCAAUGGGCUUUUUGGGAGAGGAGAGAUGGCCUCUUCCCAACUACUGAAAAACCAGUCCUUUGAAACUAAUUUGGGCAGAGAGGAUGUGGAGAUUCUGCCGGGAAGCACAAUCCCUGCCCCACCAGCUGAAAAAUGCCAGACACAGGUGUGGGGGCCACUGCCCUAGAAUAUCAAGUUUAUUGUGCUGUUCUCACAUUCCAAACCCAACCCCCUUGUCCAAUGGGGGACAGCAGAGGGAAGAAUUUUCACAGUACCUGUGUGCCUCCCCCCUACCCAAUUUCCCCCUUAAAUCUCAGUCCAUCUAUCUGUGGUCCACUGAAACGCAGCUAGUGACAAGGGCUGAGGAGAAACAAGAAUCUCCUUGGGAGAACAGGAGGAAGAGACCAGAGAACUUGAUACUGCCCACUUCCCAUGCUCUAGGAGAACAGAGGUCAGCAAACAGUCCAUGCCAUCCAGCCCAGCAGGCUGGGGGAGAGGAAGAUGAUAACUCCAGCACAGCUGGGCUUGCUGCUUGGGUGCCAGAGGUGUAGGGAGAAGGCUGGGGCAGCAACAUAGGAAAAGCUUUCUCUGCAGAUCCAGGAAAGGAAACUAUUUUUGGAGCCAGAAAGGAAAGACCUUGGGAUACUUUCCUCUUCCCCCAGGUCCUUAGGAGCAGCGGGCAGCUUCUUCACACUCUUUCCAGGGGGCCACUUAGUGGCUGGGGGAACGGCCCUUGUGGAACAGGAACACAGGGCGCUGGAACCCUGAGGGGGGAAAAGUGUAAUCAGAAGAGACUGGUAAGACCUCAAGAUUCUCAACAGGAUCUGUACUCUCUUAGCCAGGAUGGGCCUCCCCUCCAUCCCUCAAAGUAAUCCAGCUUUACCUCUGGCGGUGCUGUGGGGUGUGGCCACCAGCUCAUAGCUGGAGAAGCCCACCUCUGGGGAUGUUAGGUAGGAAAUGAACUGCUCUGGCUUCAGCUGGAUUCGAUAGUAGUUCUUGUAGAUUGUUUCCUAGGGAGAAAGGCAGGGGCAGCUUCAGCUUGUGGCCUUCUCCUCUGCAGGAGAAUGAUGUCCACUUGGGGGCCUUUUCACCUUGUUCACAAAGUCUUUCUCUUCCUUUCUUGUGGCCUUGUCUGAACUAAAGGAAGGACAUCCCCACUUUCCACUGAAACCCAACUCACCGUGAGUGUCUUUCUCCUGCCAUAGGAUGACCAAGGUUGGGGCUCCAAGACCAGGAUGCCCCCAGGGCGUAGGUGGCGAUAGAUCCUGCGAAACAUGCGUUUCAGCCCCUCAUCUCCCCAGUUCAGAUGCACCCACUUGGUGAGGCUGAGGCAGAGCACCACAUCAUACUCGGGUGCUUGGGCGUCCACUAGCUCAUCUCGAUCCAGCACAUAGUUACCCUGAAGACCAGAAUUGGAGGCAAGAUCAAUUAAAGGCAUUGGAAGAACCAUCCCUCUCCCCACUCCCCCCCCAACCCAUAAUGCAACUGCUAAGACAAAGUUCCACAGCCUCAUUUUAGCCUUUGGCCACAAUCUUCUCUCUUUGACACUCCUCAGACUAACUCUAA